CAAAACUUUCCUUUCACUGGUUGCUCAGUUUGCAACUCCAUCCAAAAAAAAAAAAAAAGUUUAUCUGAUUGGCUGAGCGUGACUCCCUGUGCUUGAUUCUCGAAGGUGAAGUGUAGCACUGAGUACGUCUCUUUUAGGUUGAAAGAUCAUUUUUGUUAGAAUAUCCCUGGUGACCAAAACCUACCCCUUUAAAAACACUUCUAUAACUAGUAGGUGUGUCAAACCAAGUUGAUAUCAAGCUCACCUUUUGUUUGUAAAACAAUCACUACGGAAGAUUAUUGUGCGGGGAGAGGUUGUCUGCUUGAGUGUAUUAAACGUGUAAUACAGAGCACACCGUAAAUUCUAAUCUGAAUCAUUUAUUGUGAACCAAUACAUUGUGAAGAUGGCUGCAUCUGCAAAGUCUCUUGGCAAAGGAAGCUGUGCUCCUGGCCCAGUGCCUGAAGGGAUGAUUCGGCUCUACAGUAUGAGAUUCUGUCCCUUUGCACAGCGAGCACGUCUCGUCCUUGAAGCGAAAGGUGUCAAGUUUGAAACCAUCAACAUCAACCUGAAGGACAAGCCUGACUGGUUCCUUGAGAAGAAUCCUAUUGGCCUGGUCCCUGUUUUGGAAACUCCCAAGGGUCAGGUGAUCUACGAGUCACCAAUCACAUGCGAGUAUCUGGAUGAGGUGUAUGGGGGAAAGAAGCUGAUUCCAACCGAUCCCUAUGAGAAGGCCAAACAGAAGAUGCUGGCGGAGCAUUUCUCCAAGGUAAUUGCACAGUAUUAUAAGAUCGUCGUGGCCAAGAAAAAUGGUGAAGAUACUUCUGUGCUAGCAGAGGAAAUGAAGUGUAAAUUCACCCAGUUCAAUGAGAUACUUGCCAACCAGAAGAGCCAGUUCUUUGGAGGAGAUUCUGUGUCUAUGAUUGACUACAUGAUCUGGCCCUGGUUUGAGAGACUGGGAGUUGUCUCCUUGAACAACUGUCUUGAGCACACCCACAAUCUCAAGUCCUGGGUAGAGCGCAUGAAGGAGGAUCCUGCUGUAAAGGCAACUAUGUCUGAUCUUGAAACCCACAAGGGCUUUUCUAAGCUCUAUUUGGAAGGCAAGCUAGAAGCCUGUGAUUAUGGGCUGUAAGGUGGUUUAGGGAUAACUAAUGUCCCUUUAUUGUCCAAAUUUAUUUUAGUUCUAGUGUUGUAUGAAAUCAUGAGACUGUGAUCAGUUUAAAUAGUCCUAAUAUAGUGCUUUAAACCAAGGGAUUAAAUCAGAAAGGGUUAGACAACAUUUACUAGGAUUUUUUAUUUUUUUUUGCAGAAUGUAAAAUUCACUGCUAUUCUGAUUAAAAUGUGUGAUCAUUGACAUAACGAUCUGUUGAUUUAUGUAUGACAGGAGCAACAUUAUUCUUAAUCUCUCUAGCGCAAGAUAUGAAGACAGUGCUGUUACUGACAAUACUGGCACGGCUGCUUUACACGCAACCUAAUCAAGCACUAUUCAAGUAGAAUUCACAUUAGAAUGGCAAUUCUAUUCCACAGCAUUGGAAACCAGAUUGCAUUUUUGUAAUUUCUAAAAGAUGAUGUUGUGAGAGUAACAUCUGAUCCAGAAAAAGAAAAAGAAAUGUUCGUGACAAUUAUUUUACUGAGCAUUAAAAAAUUCCAUCGGU